UCCGGUGACGUCAGCGCGUCUGGACUCCAUUAGAAGCUGCAGCUGUUUGGAGAGAAACAACAACAACAGAAAAAGAAAAGGCGACGCUUCUUUUUUCCCCUCACACACACACGCACAGACACACACACCGAGACAGAGACACAGUGGAGUCCUGAACCUGCACCGGUGCACUUUUCUUUUCUUUUUUCUUUUCUUUUUCUUUUCUCCCCCCUCCCCUUUCCCCAACCCCCCGGGAGCUGAGUGUCUCCUGUCCCCGUAUCCCUCGCGGGGCAUCACGGGCUUCUCACCACGGCCGCUCUCGGUGAGGGAACUCUGGCCUCCGCUUCCUCCUCCUCCGACUCGGACACCGGCGGAGCGUCGCCGCCCCCGCGGAAGAAGCGCCGAGCCUCGGCGGCGGAGGGAGCAGGAGAGCCCGAGGCUUCAGCAGUAGCAGCAGGCCCAGCGGGCCUCUCCGCGGCGCUUUCCGCACGGACUCCCCCGCAUCCUCACGCCGUUCACUUCAGCCGCACCGCCGGCACCAACAUGCAGUCCAACGGGGCCGAUCAGGGACAGGACUCCGGGCUCAGCUGCCAAAACAAUAACGCACAGAACCGAGAGAACCUGGAGAACCUGGAGAACGGAGAGAACGGAGAGUGCUCCAGCGGCAGAGGGGAAACGGCGCACUCUAACGGGCUCCUCUCCGGACCCGGUACCGGGAACAGCGCGGCCCAGACCGGGACCUCUCCCCUCUCAUCCUCCGGCUCCGGUUCCGGUUCGUUAAAGAAGCAAAAACGCCUUUCCCAGUCUGAAGAGGAUGUGAUCCGACUCAUAGGGCAACAUCUGCACGGAUUAGGGCUGAAUCAGACGGUGGAUCUGUUGAUGCAGGAGUCGGGCUGUAGGCUGGAACACCCCGCUGCUACCAAGUUCAGAAACCACAUCAUGGAGGGAGAGUGGGACAAGGCGGAAAAUGACCUCAGUGAGCUCAAAGGCCUGAUGCAUUCACCCAACGCUAUUGUGCGGAUGAAGUUCCUCCUCCUGCAGCAGAAGUAUCUGGAGUAUUUGGAGGACGGGAAAGUUCUGGAAGCGUUACAGGUGUUGCGAGGAGAGCUGACUCCGCUCAAAUACAACACGGACCGAAUCCACGUCCUCAGCGGGUAUCUGAUGUGCAGUCACGCCGAGGACCUGAGAGCCAAAGCUGAGUGGGAGGGGAAAGGAGUGAGCUCGCGCUCCAAACUGCUCGAUAAACUACAGACGUACCUCCCCCCCUCGGUGAUGCUGCCCCCCCGGAGGUUACACACACUCCUGCGUCAGGCCGUGGAGUUACAGAGAGACCGCUGCCUUUAUCACAACACCAAGACGGACAACAACCUCGACUCUGUUUCACUGCUGCUGGACCACGUGUGCAGCAGGAAGCAGUUCCCAUGUUACACUCAGCAGAUUCUGACCGAACACUGUAACGAGGUUUGGUUCUGCAAGUUCUCCAACGACGGCACCAAACUCGCCACCGGAUCAAAAGACACCACCGUGAUCGUGUGGCAGGUGGACCCGGACACACACCAGCUGAAGUUGUGGAGGACGUUGGAAGGUCACGCGUACGGAGUGUCUUACCUGGCCUGGAGUCCUGAUGACAUGUACCUCAUCGCCUGCGGCCCAGACGACUGCUCAGAACUCUGGCUCUGGAAUGUACAGACAGGUGAACUGCGUACGAAAAUGAGUCAGUCUCAUGAGGACAGUCUGACCAGCGUCGCCUGGAACCCCGACGGCAAGCGAUUCGUUACGGGAGGACAGCGGGGACAGUUCUAUCAAUGCGAUCUGGACGGUAACCUGGUGGACUCGUGGGAAGGAGUGCGGGUUCAGUGUUUAUGGUGUGUGAGCGACGGCCGAACGGUUUUGGCCUCCGAUACACACCAACGAAUCCGCGCCUACAACUUCGAGGACCUGACCGACAGAAACAUAGUUCAGGAGGAUCAUCCUAUCAUGUCUUUCACCGUUUCUAAGAACGGACGAUUAGCUUUGUUAAAUGUAGCAACUCAGGGAGUCCAUCUCUGGGACCUGCAGGACCGUGUGUUGGUGAGGAAGUAUCAGGGAGUGACGCAGGGCUUCUACACCAUCCACUCCUGCUUCGGCGGCCAUAACGAGGACUUCAUCGCCAGCGGCAGUGAAGAUCAUAAGGUGUAUAUUUGGCACAAGCGUAGCGAGCUGCCCAUAGCUGAGCUAACGGGACACACUCGCACCGUGAACUGUGUUAGCUGGAACCCCUGUGUGCCGAGCCUGAUGGCCAGCGCUUCAGACGACGGCACGGUUCGAGUGUGGGGCCCCGCCCCCUUCCUCCACACACAGGAAGUGGACACUCUCAAUGAGAACUGCAGUAACAUGGACAGUUGAUGAUGAAGUCCAUUUUGGAGAAACAAUCAAAAAUAUCUAAAGAACCGAUUCCACGUCAAGAACAAACGAACAAAAGCAGAACAGACAAUACAGAGUAUCAGCGUGUGUGUGUGUGUGUGUGUGAGUGAGUGAGUGAGAGUGUGUGUGUGUGUGUGUGUGUGUGUGUGUGUGUGUGUGUGUGUGAGAGUAAGUGUUCGGGAGCUCAAAAUCGUCACGGCGACCGAAGCUGUCUCCGUGGCAACCCAACAAACGUGCCGAUUUUCUGAUCGUUAGGAAAACGAGAGAUGGAGGGAAGAAGGGGUAAAAAAAAAAAUAAAUAGUCUCACUUUCUCUUCACUCAUUCAUCACACACACAAUAACUGUUCUUUAGUUCUUUUAAAACAUUAUUUACUAACUCAAGCAGUUUAUUUGGUUACACCUCCUUCUCACUCUCUCAUCCCUCCAUCCAUCCAUCUUUUCUUUCCCUGAUUCCUUCAGCUCUGACAGGGUCAGGGGUCAAAGGUUACUAGUUGGUGGUUGCGGUUUUGGUUUGACGAACCGUGUGUGUGCGUGUGUGCGUGUGUGCGUGUGUGCGUGUGUGCGUGUGUGUGUGUGUGUGUGUGGAGGAAGAUGAGGAGGAGGAAUAGUUUUAAUCUGAUUCAGAGCCCCGCUGAGACCUUCAUCUGUGGAACAAAAAAAAAAAAAGACUCCGUUUUUGUAAUGUUAUUGUUUUAAAAAAAAAAAAAAAAAUUAAUAAAAAUGAGGGCUGUUGUUUU